UAAUAAUAAUAUCACAAACUCAAGCUUAAAACACUCCUCUCCUAAGUACGUGAAGGUUUGUUUCUCUGUCUCGCUUCGCUGCCGGCCGGCCAUGGGAGAAGCAAUAAUCGAUCCCGGGUACAUUCAAGAGGAAGAGCACAGACCAAAGCUCGUAAUCCCUCAUGAGUACCUCAACGACGAAGAAAUCCCUGUCAUUGACCUUUCCAUAGACGAGGACAUUGUGCCCAGAAUUGGUGGCGCUGCCGAGAAAUGGGGCUUUUUCCAGGUUGUCAACCAUGGAGUUUCCAAUGAACUGAUCGCCAAGAUCGAAGAAUUGGCCUUCAAAUUCUUCAAUCUACCCGAAGAGGAGAAGAGGAAAGUGAAGCGAGACGAGAUCAACCCCGCCGGGUUCCAUGACUAUCCUCAUACUAAGAACGUCAGGGACUGGAAACAAGUCUUUAACUUCUUUCUACAAGAUGAGACUUUGUGGCCAACUUCAUACGAGGAUGGUAACAAGGAGGUCAUGGUUCUCACUAAUCAGUGGCCUGAUAACCCUCCUGAACUUAGAGAAGUGUGUCAAGAGUACGCUCGAGAAAUGAACAAACUAGCUUUCAGAUUGUUGGGACUUAUUGCAAAAAGUUUGGGCUUGCCUGAGAACAGAUUUGAUGACUUCUUUAAAGAGCAAAUGACCCUGGUUAGAUUCAAUUACUAUCCUCCAUGUCCUGUCCCUGACUUGGCUCUAGGAGUUGGUCGCCAUAAGGACUCCGUUGGCAUAACCAUUCUAGGCCAGGAUUCUGUUGGAGGACUUCAAGUUAGGAGGAAAUCGGACCAGGAGUGGAUCCCAGUCAAACCCAUUCCUAAUGCUUUCAUCAUUAACAUUGGGGAUCUUAUUCAGGUUUGGAGCAAUGGCAAGAUCGAGAGCGUGGAGCACAGGGCAGUAGUGAAUACUCAGAAGGCGAGGUUUUCACUUCCAUUCUUCUUUGCCCCAGGACAAGACCUAAUGGUGAAGCCCUUGGAAGAACUACUGAACGGAGAGCCCCCUAAAUACAAGACUUAUAACUGGGGUAAAUUUUUUGCUAAUAGAAACCAUGGCGACUUUAAGAAAAGGGAUGUGGAGAACAUCCAAAUUACUCAUUUUACCCUACAGGAUAAAUAAAUAUUGGGAGUAGUUGAGUGUGGUGUUCUAGACCGAGAGCAUAGAACUUUGCGGACUGGAGCAUCGAAGUUCUAUUCAAUAAGGCUGGUGGAUUUUCGUAAACUGUACUUUUUUUUUUUAUUGUAUGAUCAUUAUGCCCACUUAUGGAUGCAUAUGCUAAUUGGUAUAAUAAAUAUCCUAAGUGUGAUUGUAAUAAUGGUGCAUAGGGAGCUAUCUAUGCAUAUAUGUAUCAAUUUAUGCAUUAUCUAUGUUUAAUAUAUUGGUGUCUACAUAAUUGUGUGGAUGAGUUAAAUUAUGUUCUCUUGAACUUUA